AAAUUUCUAGUACAAGAUUUGCCAUAUCCUCGUCAGCGAAACAGCGCGGUAUAAAGGUCUUCAUAAUUUACUUUAUUGAAUGGAGAUUCUGCAACAUUGUCAAGUUAUCCGUAUUCGCAAUGGAAUCCGUGUCUACGCGUCGAAUAACGUGAGAACGGCUUACUAUGAAUUAUGGUAACGCGACCGAUAGAAUGUCGUCUGUCGUCCCACAAAUUUCAUGUCGCACCUCAGCCAGACGCCAUCCGAGGAGGCCACACUGUUAGCCCGAGGGUACAAGCUAGUGAAAAAGCUCGGCGAAGGUUGUUACGCAAAAGUGUUUCUAGCCGAGUAUAAACCGGAACGCGAGACGGAGAAAAACAGUGUCCUGGCUUGCAAAAUAAUCGACACGGCAAACGCGCCAAAGGACUUCGUUCGAAAAUUUCUGCCGCGUGAGCUGGACAUUCUAGUGAAACUAAAUCAUCCGCAUGUCGUGCACGUUCACAGCAUUUUCCAGAGACGUACCAAGUACUUUAUAUUUAUGCGCUUCGCCGAAAAUGGCGAUCUUCUUGAUUAUAUACUGAAGAAUGGCGCGGUAGCGGAGAAUCAGGCUCGCGUCUGGUUUCGACAGCUCACCUUGGGUCUUCAAUAUUUACAUGAGAUGGAAAUAGCGCAUCGCGACAUAAAGUGCGAGAACGUUCUUAUCACGUCAAACUACAACGUCAAACUGGCAGACUUCGGUUUUGCUCGUUAUAUGGUCGACAGCCGUGGCAAGCGCGUUCUGAGUGACACGUAUUGCGGCUCGCUGUCGUACGUGGCUCCAGAGAUCCUUCGCGGUUACCCAUACAAUCCAAAGAUAUCCGACAUAUGGUCGUUGGGUGUGAUCCUCUAUAUAUUAUUAAACAAAGCUAUGCCAUUCGACGAGGACAACAUAAAGCGCCUGUACGAGCUGCAGGUGGCACGCAAAUGGAAAUUCCGCAGCAAAGUAACAGGCAGUCUGACCGAUCAUGUGAAGAAGCUCGUGAGCAGUCUGCUCGAGCCAGACGUGUCUAGGCGUUGGCGUUUGGAUCAGAUCGUGCGGGGCGAAUGGAUCGCCAUGGAUCCGCGUCUCGUAGUGCUCACGCCCGCGGAACAGAUCGCGCUCAACAACGCGAUCGAGGAGCGUAAGAGACAUGAGGCGAAGAGGGACCCGGUACGGGCAGACAGCCCAAUCACACAAUCGUUACUCCUAAACAUUCUUUACAAGUCCAAGUCCCUCUUAGCGUCGUUUCCGUCGUACAUCGUGCUGAUGAUGCGUAGAACGCUACUGGUCAUUCACUUGGCGUACACGCUCAUUUUGUCGCACAUCCGACGAUUGCGAGACUAACUAAAAUAAUUUUGCGAAACUUAAUUUACCGUGUCUCGUCGAGUAAACGUGUCAAUAUUUUCUUACGUUUUGUAGAGCAAAAUCUAUAAUUAAAGAGAGCACGCAUAAUAUGCGCAAGUAAUAUCGCGAAAUUACGAAUAAUCGAUUUUCAGAGACGACACAAAGUUGAGGAGACAAAAAAGAUCGAUGAUGAGUACAAAAUCAACCUAGAAAAGGAAAAUGUAAUGGUCCUCAAAGACGUCGCAAAAGUACGUGUCCUUAUAAUUAAUUACAAAGAUAAUGUU